AUGCAGCCGGCGUUGGCUCCAGCACCGCAUCCCAGUAUGCAGAACCCUGCUCAGGACCAUGCGGACCAGGUGCUCCAUGAUCAGCUUCUGGCUGCUCAGCACCAGAUGCACCGUCCCCAGGGUGGUCCUGGCCAGCAGCACCUGCAGCCUAACACUGCCAGCCCUCGUGACCAGGCCAACAUUGACCCUGCUAUCUCUGGCGCGAUGAUGGCUGCUGCUCCCCAGACCCCUACCCAGCCUCAGCAGGGCUCGCCUGAUGAUGGUUCCGCCAAGAGCUAUGGCAAGCGUGAGCUGUCGACCUCCAAGCGUGCUGCCCAGAACCGUGCUGCUCAGCGUGCUUUCCGCCAGCGGAAGGAAACCUACAUCCGCAAGCUUGAAGCUGAGAACAAGGGUGUUGAAGCUCUUCGCGAGCAGUUCAAGGGCCUUCUGCACGAGAACUACACCCUGCGUGAUUAUAUCCUCACCCUGCAGGGCCGCCUGAUGGAGUCCUCCCUUGACGUUCCAGAGGCUCCCCCAAACAUUGACCUCAGCCAGCCUCGUCAUGACCUGUCUAUGGCUGCUGCCGCCAUUCCCGACGCCGGUUCUACUGGCCAAGUCCCUGCUGCUCCUGCUCCCCAGCAGCCCCAGCACCCUCAGCACCCUCAGCACGCCGGUUCUGCAAACGAUGACAUGAACUCCCUGAACCGCAUUGCUGUCGCUGGCCUCGGUAUGCGCAAGCACCCGGACGACAACGCUUUCAUGGCCGGUAACUUCCAGCACAACAAGCGUGUUCGCGUCGACGACAACCAGGGCGAUGGCUCCGACAUGCCCAAGCAGGAGGCUCACCACGGUCUGCCAAUCGCUUAA